AAAAAUGGGAAGUGGGGGCUCCAAGUCCAAAACCGCCAGCGGCCCAAAAACAGACAUUCUGAAAGAGACGGACGAAGAACCGAUGGCUUUGGACGACUUUGUUGAAGGAUACCCUCCUCCUAAGCCGGUAUUAGACAAAAAGAGACACAUUUUUACAGCAGAGGAUAAAGCAGUUGCUGAUAACAGGGCCAGUCAAAUAAGAGUGGAAGAUUAUCAGUCCUUUGAGGCGCUGUCUAGAGCUCUUACUGAGGGAUUAUGGAAUGACGUGCAGAAAGUGCGCGCGCUCUUUACAUGGAUUGGCCUUCAAGGAUCAAAGGGACAUAAUUCAAACAACAAUGUAGAGCCCCUGUCACCUCAACAUAUUGUGCAAUUAGUUACCCAGAGAAAAGCCUCCUACAACCUUUUAUUUGUUUCGUUAUGUAGAGCUGUAAAAAUACCCUGUGUUUUCAUCCGUGGCAUAGCUAAGAGUGCGGCAUACGAGGUUGGUGAUAGGACAGUGGACAGUCUGGGUAACUCCUGGACUGCCGUGUUUGUGUCCGGUGGGUGGCGCUUAGUGUUUCCGCUGUGGGCGUUUUCAGCAAUUGUUGGUCACAGUACCGGAACAUGGACACUUGUGGAAUCUGAUGGUAAAGGAACGAGAGAAACGGCAGAGAAGUCAACAGGAACCACCGUCAGUAAUUUCAAUGACUAUUACUUCCUCACCGACCCAGAAGAGUUCAUCUAUUUUUGUUUUCCUCGGGACCCAGAGUGGCAGUUACUUGGAAAACCUUUUACAAAGCAACAAUUCAUAGAAAUAGCAAAUUGUGAACAAGCUUACUUUGAAAAUCAUAUCCAAAUCACAACUAAACUCGAAUGCCUGUAUACAUCUGAGGAUGGUGUUUGCGAUAUUGGUAUAAAAAAGACAAAUGGAGAAGAAUUUAAGCACUUAUACAAGCUUUACUUUAAUCAUGAAAAAUCAAACACUAAAUUAUCGAAAGAAAUUCAGUUAGAUAGGUAUGUUGCAGUUAUGAACAAUAAAUCUGCUGUAAAUUUUCGGAUUCGAUUUCCAGGCGCAGGAAUAUAUAAAAUGGAAAUCUACGGCGGAUCUCCGACGGGAUUUCCUCUAAUUUGUUCUUUCCGAUUGGAUUGUAACGAAGAUGUCAGUAAUGUGAAGCCGUUCCCGUGUAACCCAGAGGCAGGGUUUGGGCCAAAUUUAGUAACAACGGCUGCAGGAUUAGAGGCAGAUUCUCACAAAUCAGGAUUCAUCAACAUAAAAAAGAGCAAAAAUGUUAAUAUUAAAUUUAAUCUUUCUAAAAACGUUUUAGUGCAGACAGUCUUGGUUCACAAUAAUAUUAAGGAGGAGGUGCUGAGUCAACACGUCACACAUAAGGUCAAAGGUAAAGAACUCGACAUUAAUGUUAACGUGCCACAACAAGGAGAAUAUGCUCUACAAAUCAACACAAAAACAAAGGGGUCUUCGGAACCCUUCAAAAACACCUGUAACUAUUUAUUAGCAUCGGAAGAGAUGAAUAAAAAGAAAAGAUCAUACGAGAACGCAGCAGAAAAGAAGGCUCGAAACAAUCUGAAUAAAUGUCUAAAGUCGAACGACCCAGAGACGAUUCAGAAAGCUUUAGACAAGUUUGACCAAUUCGACUUGGACGACAAUGGAAAGAGAGAGAAGGCAGAAAGAAAGAAAAACUUCCUUAUAUUGCAAAAAGAAUUGAAGGAGGCAAUUGCAAGAAGAAAUGUAGAUAUAUUGGAGACUGCAUUAGAUAACGCCAAGUCGUCCGAAUUUUCAUCAAACUUACCAAAUCUGAUAAAGGAAGGAGAGCAACUAUUAGCAGAGUUAAGGAAAAUCAAAAGGUUCGCGCACGAAGUUCUGCAGAUGAAGCAGCCAACAAUUUCUGAGAUUCACGCCUAUAAACAUCCCCUACCCCUGGCUUACGACAUCAUGAAGGCCACAUAUGUUCUUCUUGGAGAAAAGGAAAGUCAUUUAGAGGAAUGGGAGCAAAUUCAGGGUCUGAUGAGAAAAACGGGAAAGCAGGGUCUCUUACGGCGCGUGCGCGAGUUUGACACGAUCCAUGUGACCGAAAACAUGGUGAACAAUGCAGCGCAACUUCUACGUCCCUACGACAAAGAAACUGCGACAACAGCGAGCGCGGGACUAGGAACCUUUUACAAAUGGAACCCGAUUCCACACACUUUGCAAGGAUACCCUGUCCCCAAGCCGCCGCACAACCGGACGUCGGAACUUCUACAGUUCUUUGACUUCGAUGUAGUGGACGCCGAUGCCAAAACCGUUCUUCCCGAUGAUUAUAAGACUAUUAAAGCGUUGGCCGAGAGGCUUACGGCAACAUACCCAAAGGCGUUGCUUAAGGUCCGCGCUUUGUUCGUCUGGAUGUCAGUUCAGCCAAUUUUCGGUCGGAAGUGGUCCCCCAAAGCCCCUGCUGAUUCCCCAGAAGGAGUCCUUGGAAUGAUGAAAAGGGGAGAGACUUCAUAUACAACGCUGUUUGCCAUGCUGUGUAGGUCAGUUGAUAUUCAGUGUGUCAUAAUACAGGGCAUUGCUAAAAGUGUUGCUUAUGAGGUUGGUGAUAAGAAAACUGAGAACCUGACAAAUUCCUGGAAUGCCGUAUAUGUAGGAGGAGCAUGGCGCAUAAUCUUCCCAUUGUGGGCAUGUAGGUGUGUUGUUGGUCACAGUACAGGAAAAUGGACCUUGAUAGAAUCGACAGGUGUUGGGAAACGAGAAGAGUCAAAGACUUCGGGUGGUACUGUGAUAAACAAGUUAAAUGAAUUUUACUUUCUGACUGACCCGGAUGUUUUUCUUUACCACUGUUUUCCAAAUGAACCAAAAUGGCAGUUAAUACCAAAGGUCAUUUCCAAAGAGAGAUUUCUUGAUCUUCCAUAUCUUAGACAAGAUUUCUUUAAAAAUAAAUUAAAACUACUGAGUACUUACUCAUGUCGACUCGAAUCUUUACAUGGAGAAUGUGAUGUCGCCAUAAAAAUUCCAGAAAAUCUUCCAAUAACGAUGUCUUAUGACUUAUUUUUUAACAAUAAAGAAUCAGGUUCUACGCUGCCUCCGCAGAUACAGCUCCAAAAUUACGUAGCAUUGAUUCAUCAGGAGGGUAAGGUGACAUUUGUCGUAAGAUUUCCUGUUCAAGGGGUUUAUAAACUGACGAUAAAUGGAGUAAUCAAUGGCGUGAAGCAAUGGCUCCUUUCUAGUAGAAUCACGUGCGCGGAAGUAAAGGAGCUAAUUUCACCGUAUCCCACUGUACCAGAGAUUGGAUUUGGACCACAGAAAUUGACACAGGAUGCGGGUCUACAACCGAUAUCUCAUAAAUCUGGUUUUAUACAAAUUCACAGAAAUAGGGCCAGUGGAAUUGAAUUUACAUUGACUAAAUUUGUCAUAGUUCAAACCACGCUACACAGUUUUGCCAUUCCUAAUAGUAGUCUUGCGCAGUACGUCACUCAACACGUACAAAAUGAUAAUCUGCGUAUUUACAUCACACCACCGGAAGAAGGUGAAUACACUCUUCACAUCAACUGUAAAGAAAAGGGGUCGACGACUGGAUUCAAAAAUGUGUGCAACUAUCUUCUUAAUACGGAUAUGAGGAGAAUGAGAACUUGGGAGAAUGCACGAGAAAAAGUUGCGAGACUAGACCUUAGAACAAAGACGUUUUCAGCGACUUCCAAAAAUGCUGAGGAACUUCAGCAUGCGAUUGAAAAGGCUGACACGCUCUGUCUGCUGGACAAGGGAGAUAUUAAGGUCGCACAUGAACGUUUGGACUUUCUCCAGUUGCAAAAGGGACUGCUUGAUGGAAUCAAUAGAAGGAAUUUGGACGUGCUUAUACCAGCUAUAAAUGCUGCCAAGUUGUCAGAGCAUGAAUACAAAUUGAUGGAUCGCAUAAAAGAGGCCGAGGAGCUCCGAGAACACCUCUUGACUCUGAAAAGAUUUGCUCAUGAUGUGCUUGAGAUGAGGCAAACGACGAUAUCGGAGCUCCAUCGUUAUGCGAUUCCACCUCCAUUGGUUUUCAGUAUAAUGAAGGCAACAUAUCUCCUCCUUGGCGAACCCUCUCGUAAUCUUCAGGUAUGGGAAGACAUUCAGACCCUGAUGAGACAGACCGGAAGACAAAGUUUAUUGUACAGAGUCCGGAAGUUUGAUACGCUUGGUACAGAUAAGGAAUUGGCCACGGAAGUUCUAGAAAUUUUAGAACCGUAUACAGCUGAACAAGUGUCUACUGCCAGUGCUGGCGCAGGAACUUUUUAUAAUUGGGCAAAGAAUAUAGCUGCACAAAUUAUUGGAAACAAGAAGAGUAAAAGUACGGUAUCCAAAGCUAGCAACAAACCAGGAGCCGCAAAGCCACAGAAAGCCAAGAAAUAAAACUUUUAACUUUGUGUAUAUAAAUGCAAUACAUCUCUGCAAGAAAGCUUUGAAAAUUAUAUACAGACUGUAGAUGGACUAUUUUCAUCAAAAUCAUGAGCAAAUAGAGUGAAUAAACAAA